AUGGCAAACGACUACAUUUCCUUUGUUUUCAAGUCGCUGCUUCUGUUAAUUCACCUUGUAUUCUUAGGUCAGCACCAUGUUGAUUCUGCCUCAGUCGUCAAGUCUCUUCCUGGUUUUGAAGGCCCUCUUCCCUUUGAGCUCGAAACCGGGUAUAUUGGUGUUGGUGAGGAAGAGGAAGUGCAACUGUUCUACUACUUCAUCAAGUCUGAGAGGAACCCAAAAGAAGACCCUCUUCUUCUCUGGCUAACUGGAGGACCUGGCUGCUCUGCCAUCUCUGGCCUUCUUUAUGAGAAUGGCCCUUUGACUAUGAAGCUUGAUGUUUACAAUGGAACUCUUCCUUCCUUGGUAUCUACUACAUAUUCAUGGACAAAGAAUUCGAGCAUGAUAUUCUUGGAUCAGCCCGUUGGAACUGGCUUCUCCUAUUCAAGAACUGAACUUUUUAAUAAACCCAGUGAUACAGGAGAAGCCAAACGGAUCCAUGAGUUUCUUCAAAAGUGGCUAGGCAAGCAUCAAGAAUUUUCCUCCAACCCUUUCUAUGUUGGUGGAGAUUCUUAUUCCGGUAUCACUGUUCCGGCUACUGUUCAAGAAAUCUCCAAAGGAAAUUAUCAAUGCUGCAAACCUCCAAUAAAUCUUCAGGGUUAUAUGCUCGGUAACCCAAUAACAGACUCCAAAAUUGAUGGUAACAGCCAAAUUCCGUAUGCUCAUGGAAUGGCACUGAUAUCUGAUGAACUCUACGAGUCGCUAAAGAGAAUCUGCAAAGGAGAAUAUGAACAUGUUGAUCCAUAUAACACAGAAUGCUUGAAACUUCUUGAAGAAUUUAAUGAGUGUACAAGUAAACUAUACAGAUCACAUAUAUUAUACCCAUUGUGUGAAAUGACAAAUCCGGAUUGCUAUAUUUAUCGGUAUUCACUAAGUCACUACUGGGUUAAUGACGAAACCGUACGCAAAGCUCUUCAAAUCAAUAAGGAGAGUAUAAGGGAAUGGAAACGAUGUGAUUGGAGUAAGCCAUACACUAAAGACAUUAUAAGCAGCGUACCUUACCAUAUGAACAAUAGCAUAAAUGGCUAUCGUUCUCUCAUUUUCAGUGGUGAUCACGAUUUCGAAGUACCUUUAAUUGGAACUCAAGUUUGGAUAAAGUCUCUCAACUAUGCCAUCGUUGAUAAAUGGAGACCAUGGAUGAUCAACAAUCAAGUCGCUGGAUACACAAGAACUUAUGCGAAUAAAAUGACAUUUGCUACUGUCAAAGGAGGUGGGCACACAGCAGAGUAUAAGCCAGAUGAAACCUUUAUCAUGUUCCAAAGGUGGAUCAAUGGACAAGCUCUGUAAUAGAAGAAAAUGUGGCUUUUACCGUUUUACGUACAAAGGACAAUUGUUGGGUCGUUGCUAUAUGGUUGACGGCUAUAUUUGGGUUUAUUUUGAAAAGAUUAUUUGUUUGUAUGUUUUUAUGUUAGAAGAUAUUUUUUUUUCUUUAAGUCGAAGGGCUAUUUAGCAAAAAACCUAUGAAAAACAAACUAACAAUUAUCGAGAGGUGUUUGGAAAGAAAUGAUCAGAAAUUUGUCUUUCUC